UUCAUAAUAUAUCGUUCGAAAUGAUUACUUACGCAACGAUAUUGAAGAGAGCGCAGGAAUGCUGAACAAGUGAUACAAAUAUAGAAAAGUGUGCUAUUCCUAUCGUGCUUAAAACAAUUAGCGUUGCAUAUUCGAUAAAAAGAACGAAAUACAAAUACUCUUGAUUUUUCAAAAAGUAAUUAAUAGAAAUUGGUAAUACUAAUUCAGUUACAUGCAGUUCACCAAAGAUAUACAAAAUAACACGUAUCACGGAUGGAAAUAUUAAAAUCCCAAUAUACAAAUAAAAGGCAACUGAAAUAAUAAAACGUUAUCUUAAUAUAAUUCUGAUAACCUUAUACAGUCACUUUAGUAAUUAGUUUAGUAUUCUCUUGGUGUUUUUUACUUGCGAUUAUUAUUGUACACUGUCUACUACGAUUAGCAUAUUUUUUUAAUAUCGUUAAUUCAGGCUUGGAUGUCAUACUAUUCCAAUCCGUUUUAAUAUGAAGCAGAAGUCUCUUUAUCUGAAAGAAUUAAUAUAUUCCAUUCUUGUAUGUUUAACAAUUUAUGAUUUAAAUGAAAUAUUUAUAAAAUACAAACGACUGUAACUUUCGACAAUAAAUUGUAAUAACACAAUGUGAAGCAUAGAGUAGGCAAAGUCGUUUCCAAUAUUUUCGUAAUAGGAUCUAUUUUCAUCUCUGAUGUGAAUAGCAGAAAAAUCUGAAGCAUGAGCAAAUGUUAUUUAUAUUUUAAUAAUCAGUGUUAUGAACUGAACUCAUUUUCAAGCUAACUCGUUCUUAUCACAUGUUCGUAUAAUUAUGUAUCAGAAUGGGAUUUACAUGUAAAAAUGAUGAUAUUGCUAUUAUAAAAUUAAAUAAACAAAUGUGAAACAUAUGAUACGACAAUGUUUCAUAAGGCGAAAUGCCAAUUAAUUUUAAGAAUCGAAUAUUGUAAGUAUAGUACUCGUUUUCGAAAUGCAGCUCGUCUUGCAUAAACAUCCUAGUACCUCAUAUGACUUAUUAACUUCGACUGACUUCAACCCCAUGCCGUUUUUUACAUCAAGAAUUCUAAGUAUCCUUUUAAAUACAUUUUUUAAAUGAUAAAGUAGUAAAAGUACUUUUCUCUAACUUGUAUCGAUUGGUAGAAAGUUUCACUUUCAUAAAAAAAAUUCAUAUAACAUCUAUAGCAAGGUAUAUGUUUCUCCCAUUUUAGUCCAAUUAUACGUGUAUAACUAAACAGAUGCUUCUUUCUAGCUAUUAAGUUAUUAUUUGUCAUUUACACCUUAAAUGAUCGAUUAUUUUUUCCCUUCCACGAUAGACAUGCGCAGUGUGUCCACAGGCACUUCCCCUUUUCAUUCUCUCGCAGUAUGAUUUUACUUCUCGAAGGAAAAACAUGUGAGUGCUUGAUGUGUUACUCUAAUUUUAUUGUUAUUUACUUAAUGUUAAUUCAGUAUAUGAUAAAUGAUUUCUCGUGAACGUGGCAAUUAUAGACUUCAUAAUAACAAGCAAUAUUGCUAAUAUUAACAUCGGCACUAUAAUUGGCUCAAAUAAAAUGACGAAAGAAGUGGAAAAAAAAAAGAAAAUAAAAGAACGGAACUACCACAAAACAAGUGCAAAAUAAAUGAUAUAUUACAUUAACGUACAAAAAUUAUCUAUUAUAAGCAAAGAAUGAUACAAACAAACAAUGUUUAGCUAGUAAAAAAUAAUAUAUCACCAAAAAAGAAGAUGAUCCUUUUUUACGUUGCAAUACUCGUGACGAUCAUCGUGCGUAUGAUAAUAUCAUCAACAUCGUUUCGUGAUAAAGAGAUAACAAUUGUCCGUCUGAUGAAGAAAAUUCUUUGUCAUAUCAAAUCCGAUUGGAAUAAAUUGGCGAACAAACCUGAAUUAAUAAUUUUAAAAACAAAUGCUAUUCGAACCAGACUAUGUACAAUAAUAAUCACAAUUGCAUUUUAUUUGUAUAUUAUUUUUUUGACGUUACCAUCCAUUAUUUGUAUCCUUUUGUAUAAUUUUGAUGCAACAAACGAAACUGUAUUAAUCUUGCCAAUUUACCUCAAUAAUUUUUUGAAAGAUCAAAUGAAUUACUAUUUCACAUUUUUAUUUGAAUGCGUAUUUAUAAUCAUCAUAACUACUAUAGGAAUUACCCACUAUUCUAUGUUUGUAUUAAUUGUACAGCAUGCCUGUGCACUAUUCAAUAUCGUCGCUUCAAAAAUAGAAAAUGGAUUUAAAAGUAAUUUCAGUCAUCCCAAUAAUCGUAAUAAAUUCGCACAGGAGUAUGAAUGGCUCGUCGAUAUUAUAGAGUUUUAUGAUAAUGCAAUCGAUUUUGUCGAUUUAAUGAAGUUAUAUAAUAAGAUAAUUUAUCCGUUCGAAGUAUUCUUCUCGUUGCUUUUUAUUAUUAUAAAUUAUUUUUACUUCUUUCAGUUACUUUCAUUUACAAUAAAUACGACCGAAGUAUUACAAAAGUUUAAUUAUAUUAUUGGAUCUAUGUUUGUAAUAUAUGUUUACUGUUACCUUGGACAAAAAUUAAUAGAUUAUCACAACGAAAUAUUUAUGAAAUUAUGUCAAAUUCCAUUUUACUCGUUUUCGUUGAAAACACAAAAAAUGUUACCCUUUAUGAUAAUGAAGAGCCUAAUGCCAUGCAAUCUUUCUAUUAAGGGAGUGAUUGUAUUAUCCAAUCUUCAUUUUGUCACGUUAAUGCGGAUAUCAUUUUCAUACGCUAUGAUUGUUUACAAUUCAUUGUGAAUUUAACGAAAUAAGAUACUAAUAAUAAUAUAUUUCGUAUAUUUUGGGAUAUACAAAUCCAAUGAUUUUUUCUUGAUAGAUUGAAAAUAUUAAGUAUAAUGUAAAUCUGAUGGUGAUGACUCAUAUUUUUAUUAAUAUCUUCAGUAUUUUCUUAAUUUAAUCGAUAUCCAAAAAAAAAGGUAUUAAUAGAAAUAAAUACGUGAAAAUUAGGAAGAUAUUAGUAGAAGUAAAUACAUGAAAAAUUAAAAUGUCAAGAUAAAACUAAAAAAUAAUUUUAGAUUUUUGUAAAAAAAAAAAAAAAAAGAAAAAAAAAAUAUUGCUUCCCAUUUAAAACUCCAUAUCAAUUUUCAGGUAGUCAUGGCUCAAGUGAAAAAAAAAACAAAGGAUUUUGAAAAUAAUUAAAAGAAAAAUGAUUUUCUUCUCUCGCACAAAUCUUGUCUAUAUCUAUCACGUAAAUCGAAAAAUAUUUAUAAAAAAAAAAAAAUUUUAUUUCCAUAUUACAAUUGAUCUAAUUUCUUCACUGAUAACAAACAGAGGAUAUUUUUAUGAAUUUUAUUAAUAAGAUCCAAUCAUACAACUAAAAAUAUCUGAAAAUUGGAAUGAAUAAACAAAAUGUUGGACAAAUUUCAUUCACAGAGCCAUAUCGUCCGAAAUUAGAUCUAAAUCGAUGUUUUAAAUGCAAAUUUAUAUUUCUUCGUUUAAGUUCUCCUUAUUUAUUCUACCAUUCUACUUCGUUUUUAUUUUCGCGUCGCAUUAUCUAUAUAUACAUUUUGUGACUUUAACUUAUCAACAACCGAUAAAAAACAUUUUUUAUCGAUCGUCGGUAAAGUAGAAAUCAAUUUCUAUGUACAACUAUCGAUAGAUAGAUAAACAUUUAUUAUUAUGGUAAAAUUCCCUGAUGUUAAAAUAGAAAUUUCCUUCCUCUAUUAAGCCUUAGCGCUUCGUUGGCUCCGCUACGGAGACAUUUGUUCCUUAACUCCGAAGGCUCCGCUGCGGAGCCAAAUGUUUUUAACAUGUGAUUACGCUUAAGAUGCUACGUUAGCUGAAGAAUUAAGAAAAAUGAAGUGCCACUUGACAGGUACCAUAAAAACAAACAGAAAAGGUAUUCCAAUAACUCUGAAGAAUUCAGAAUUAUAUGAAAAAAGGACUGUCGCAUACAAACAAGGAAAUACAAUGAUCUUAGCUUGGAGGGAUAAAAGGAUAGUAUCGUUAUUGAGCAACUGGCAUAAUGCUGAAAUGAUAACUACUAGAAGAUUUAUACGAGAUGGUACAAACGAAGUAAUUAAAAAGCCAAUUGUAGUUGUCGGGUACACAAAGUCGAUGGGUGGAGUUGAUCGGGCUGAUCAAUAUGCCUCUAGUUAUUUCUUUUUGAGGAAAUCGCUUAAGUGGUGACGGAAAUUGUUUUUCUGGGGAAUGGAGAUAUCAAUAAUUAAUUCAUACAUUCUCUAUAAUACUGUACAGCACAAUAAAAAUGUGAAAGCAUUGACGCAGUUACACUAUAGAAAAAUUUUAGUCGAUCAACUCUUAGGAGAUUUUUGUUACGAUAGAACAAGAGUUUCUAAAUCAAUUUCUGAAAUCAGACUAAACGGAAAAUAAUUCACAUAAUGAGAAAAGGUGCAAAGAGGGACUGCGUUGUGUACUCUAAAAGAAAACAAAUGGAUGGCAGACGUCAACAAAAUGAUUACUGUGACACUUGCCCAAGUAAACCUAGAAUGAGAGAUUGUUUUCAAAGAUAUUACACUAUGGUGAAUUACAAAAUUUUAAAUUUAUUUUUUAUUUACAAUAGAAAAAUGCAUGUUUAUAAAAUAAAUAAAAGCAAAUGUAUUCACAAGGACGUGUAAUCUUUUCCGCUCAAAAUAAGACUUCCCUUAUCUCAGGCGUUCCGCUCCAAAAAUGUGCUGGAGUUGCUGAUAGGCAGUACUCGAGAAACGCGCGGAAUGCUAAGGGUUAAUAAUAAGACACUAUAGAGUGUAACUAACAGAGAUAUUAAUUCAUAAUAUAAUAGUUCAUCAAUUGAUACGAUAAAAAUAAUUUCAAACACAAUUUAAAAGGAAAAUAAAACUUAUAUACAAUUACUACUUAAACGAUGUAUUCUGUCGUAC